AUGGCAAAUAUAUCGGCGUUAGAGUAUUUUAGGGCUGUUGAAGGGAGACGUCUCCAUCGAAAAGUCGAAAGGAAACGACGUCGUUCGCGAAAAGCUGUCGCGAAUAUGGAGUUGUUUAAACUUGAUUCGGAACUGACUUUGAUCAUUGAUUUGGGAUAUACGAACGCAAUGAAUAAUAAAGAAUUAUGUAAAUUGGUCAGACAAAUGGGACGUGUUUGGGGAUUACAAAAGAGAUACGUUGGAUUGAUUACCAUACUGCUGUCACCUUGUGAAAAAUUCAUAGGUGAAAGUCGUCGAGUAUUGACUGGUUUUGAUUCAUUCAAGUGGACGAUUAUGUACAAAAACAUUGAGCAAUGUUCCAAUAAAAGACUGAUAUACUUAAGUCCAGACGCGAGUUUAGCGCCGUUGGAAAGUUUAUCGUCGAAUGAAGCGUAUGUGAUCGGUGGCCUGGUUGAUGAAACCGGAAGGGGUUCGCUGUCAAAAGAUAGAGCAGGUUUGUUGAACAGCGUUUCCUGUGAAUCAACUAUAUAUUCUCCGAAAGAGUAA